AUGCCUCACCGUGCCUCUUCCCCCGCGAUGUCGGAAAACGAGUUCGACAUCACCGGUGCUCUCUUCCAAAAUGACAGUGACUCUGAUUCGGGUAAACCUCAAGAAAAGAAACCAACUCAUCAGGACCUCGACUUCCUCGGCGCGGACGACGACGAUGGCGAUGCAGCAUUUAUUGCCUCCCACCAGGCAUCUGCCAACCGAAAGGGCUCUAAUCUCAAGGGUCGCACUGUUAAGAAGGGCGGUGGCUUCCAAGCCAUGGGCCUGAAUGGACAUCUUUUGAAGGCCAUCGCACGCAAGGGAUUCUCUGUCCCUACUCCGAUUCAGCGCAAGACCAUUCCCGUCAUUAUGGAAGACAAAGAUGUAGUUGGGAUGGCCCGAACUGGUUCCGGAAAGACUGCGGCUUUCGUCAUUCCCAUGAUUGAGAAGUUGAAGAGCCAUAGCACGAAGUUCGGAGCUCGCGGCUUGAUCAUGUCUCCCUCCCGAGAACUUGCCCUGCAGACUCUGAAAGUUGUUAAGGAGAUGAGCCGUGGCACGGACUUAAAGGCUGUCCUGCUUGUCGGUGGUGAUAGCCUGGAGGAUCAGUUCGGAAUGAUGGCUGGCAAUCCAGAUAUCGUCAUCGCUACGCCCGGUCGAUUCCUUCACUUGAAGGUCGAAAUGGACUUAGAUCUUUCGAGUAUCCGCUACGUGGUUUUCGAUGAAGCUGAUCGAUUGUUCGAAAUGGGAUUUGCUGCCCAGCUUACUGAGAUUCUUCACGGUCUUCCCUCAAAUCGACAAACGCUCCUUUUCUCUGCUACUCUUCCUAAGUCGCUGGUGGAGUUUGCACGAGCUGGUCUCGAGGAGCCCACUCUUGUGCGAUUGGAUACCGAAGGAAAGAUCUCUCCAGAUCUGCAGAAUGCAUUCUUUGCCGUCAAGUCAUCUGACAAAGAGGGUGCUCUGCUGUACGUCCUACAUGAAGUUAUUAAAAUGCCCACAGGGCCUACAGAAGUGACGCGACGGUUCAAGGAGGAAGGGCCUUCCAAGUCGAAUAAGCGAAAGCGGACUGAGAGGAAUGCGCACAAAGAAUCGCCGACCGAACACUCAACGAUUGUUUUCGCAGCGACGAAGCACCAUGUGGACUACCUCUAUUCGCUCCUUAAAGAAGCCGGAUUUGCGACAUCCUACGCCUACGGUUCACUGGAUCAAACAGCUCGUAAGAUCCAAGUCCAAAACUUCCGAUCCGGGAUCUCUAAUAUCCUGGUCGUCACCGAUGUCGCUGCUCGAGGUAUCGAUAUCCCCGUUCUCGCCAACGUCAUCAACUACGACUUCCCCUCCCAACCCAAGAUCUUCGUCCACCGAGUCGGUCGUACCGCCCGUGCAGGCCAGAAAGGUUGGAGUUACAGUCUUGUCAGAGAUGCCGAUGCCCCAUACUUGCUCGAUCUUCAGCUCUUCCUGGGCCGGAGGCUGGUUCUCGGCCGCCAAUACGGCGACCAGGUUGAUUUCGCGGAGGAUGUGGUUGUGGGCUCUAUCCCCAGAGACCCCCUAUCUCGGAGCUGCGAGUGGGUCAACAAAGUUCUGUCUGAGGUUACAGACAUCGCAUCCCAACGCCAGGUGGCUACGCGGGGAGAGAAACUAUACAUGCGAACCCGCAAUGCGGCGUCUCUCGAGAGUGCGAAACGUGCCAAACAAGUCACCACCACAGACGACUGUCAAAUGGAAGCGGAGCGUGAAAAGCUGCUGGCACGCAUUGGUGGAUUCCGUCCCCAGGAAACCAUCUUUGAAGUGCACAAUCGCCGAACUGGCAAGAGUUCCCAGAAGACUGAGGGCGAAGAGGCGACCAUGAACACCAUCAAGCGGAUCCGGUCCACUGUGGACAAGAAGAAGCAAAGAGCGCAGGCCAAGGAGCAGUCCGAGCUCAACGAACUGGGCAUUGGCGAUCAAUUCGCCGGCGGAGAUGAAGGUGAAGGCGAAGGCGACGAAGACAUCCCCGCUGAAGCUGGGGAUAACAUGUCCCUCGCCUCCGAGUCAGACCUGGAGGUAACCUUCUCCGCAUACUCCCAGCCGAAGAACAAGGCAAAGGCAAAUCCCAAUGGGGUUUCCGCUACCUCGUUCCAGAACCCCGACUAUUUCAUGGGUUACACGCCCAACAACAACGACCUCGCAGAGGACCGGGCGUACGGCGUCCACUCGGGCACCGUCUCGAACUUCGCUGCUGCCUCACGCAGUGCUACCAUGGACCUCAACGGGGAUGAAGGACACAAGGGAUUUGGCGAGCCUCGGUCGAUGCUGCGCUGGGACAAGCGGCAUAAAAAGUAUGUGGCGCGACAGAAUGAUGAGGACGGGUCGAAGGGCGAGAAGCUGGUGCGCGGUGAGAGCGGGGCCAAGAUUGCGGCUAGUUUCCGCAGCGGGCGCUUCCAGAACUGGAAAAAGGGCAAGCGGUUGGGCCAUAUGCCUCGUGUGGGCGAGGCCGAGGAUCCUUCUCUGGCCCGGAACUUCAACCACCGGCCUCCGGGGGCCAGUGGUGGGCGAUUCCGGCAUACCAAGCAGGAGGCUCCUAAGCGGGCUGAUCCCUUGCGGGGCGAUUAUGAGAAGAUGAAGAAGAAGAACGCCACGGCUCGCGAGAGGCAGCUCUCUCAGGUUGGCGGCGCUGCUGCGGGUGGGAAGAGCGAGAUUCGCUCUACGGACGAUAUUCGCAAGGCACGCAAUCUGAAGCAGAAGCGGCGUGAGAAGAAUGCCCGGCCGUCUCGGAAGAAGCAUUAA